AUGGUUCGUAAUUUUCCCAACGAAUUGCUCAUUAAUACACUUGGUUAUGUCCUACGGGAGUCAACUUUCAAAGAGCUCACCGAAUUGCGAAAGACAUGCAAAAAAUGGAAUGAGCUAAUUCCCAUUGUGAUGAAAGACGAAAUUUCUCGAAAUUAUCAAGACGGUUGGAAAAUUGUGGUUGUUCGCAAGUUGUACAUUGCAUUGCCAUAUGGACCCGAUUUCAUGGAAAUUGUGGAAAUUGACACGCGACCUGUGUUUGAUGUUCAAAAAGAUGUUUUCGAUUUCGACCUCUCCAAGGCCUUCUUCCCCGACCAAGACGUUGAUGCAAUUUUAAUCAGGCUAAAACACGGUCGAUUUUAUUUGGCCAGUUCUUUAUUCAAAAAAAUUUGUUCAUUUGAUGGAAAGAGGGCGAAUCAAAAUGAAUCUAAUGAAAUUUGCAUUGAACAUGCGGGUAAUGGCCUCAUACGUGUUGCUUAUUGGAAGAUCAAGAGUCAGCUUUUAUUUGGUUAUUUGGAUGGCGCGAAAAAGGUUAGAAUUCGUUCACCAUUUGAAUACUUGAUUCUUUGCAUAAUAAGAUAUAGGCAAUGGCGAUAUUCAAUGUUUAAUUUCUUCAAAGAGAACCAAUGUUCAUUACUGAGCAUCCGAGAUUAUCGACUUAGUUCCGUAAGUUGA